AUGAUAGAGAUGGAGGAAACCACAAUACCCUUUAAGAAUCUCACUAGCAGAGAGUACCCGGGUCAUAAGAAGAAGGUAUAUUCUUUGGCUUGGAACUACAUGGGCACGAAGCUCACAUCGGGCUCUGUAGAUCAAACCGCAAGGGUUUGGCACAUUGAGCCCCACGGACAUGGUAAGGUUAAAGUUAUUGAAUUGAAGUGGCAUACUAAAAGUGUGGAUCAACUGUGUUGGGACCCCAAGCAUGCUGAUUUGAUUGCCACUGCCUCUGGAGACGAGAGUGGAAAAUGUGCGCAGCUAGCAGAACUUAGUGGCCAGAACACGCCUAUAGACCUGAUGGGAUGCACAUUGCCGUUGGAUGAUGAACUAACAAUUCUGGAUGUUCGGAAAGUCAGGCCCAUUCACAAGCGAAAGUUCAAUUAUGAGGUUAAUGAAAUUGCUCGGAGCACAAGAAUUGAAAUUUUCUUCUUGACUACUGGAAUGGUGAGAACAUGUACUGUUGAAGUACUAGCAUACCCAUCUCUUCGACCAGUUGACACUGUCAUGGCUCAUACAGCUGGGUGUUAUUGCAUUGCGAUUGACCCAUUUGGAAGGUAUUUUGCUGUUGGAAGUGCCGAUUCCUUGGUCAGCCUGUGGGAUAUCUCAGAGAUGGUUCUUGUGUAUACUUUAAUCAUCAGCAUCCCUAUUCCUGGAAUGAUCUCUGUUUGUACCUUUCUCAGAUUGCCUGUGAGGACAAUAAGCUUCAACAACACUGGAGAGUAUCUUGCUUCUGCCAGCGAGGACUUAUUUAUUGAAAUAUCCAAUUUUCAAACUGGGAGGACAGUGCAUCAAAUCCCAUGUAGGGCUGCCAUGAACAGUGUUGAGUGGAAUCCUAAAUCCAAUCUCCUUGAAAGUAAAGGGCGGCCAUUUUAUGAUACUUUGAUCCAUACGCAUUUCACUAGGAAUACAGGUCCCAAAGGCUGGAGACUGAGACAAAGACAUUUUGAGACUAGUAUGGAAGUUCUUUCCACCAAGUUCUGCCAUUGA